UGCCUGUCUCCGAAGCGAGGAGCGGAUUGGCUUCACGGAGGCCGCGCCCCCGAAGUCACGGCCGGCGGGCAUUUGGAAAUAGCUUGUCAUUUCCCUCCUUCAACCUGUACCAUUCUUCAAGAAACGGCGCCAACGGAAGUGGGUCGCAGGAAGAGGAAGUCCCGCCUCUCUCUCCUCAGGCAGCAGCAACGCGGAGGAAACGGGAGUGAACGGAGAGCGUAGUGACCAUCAUGAGCCUCCUCAACAAGCCCAAGAGUGAGAUGACCCCAGAGGAGCUGCAGAAACGAGAGGAGGAGGAAUUUAACACCGGUCCACUCUCUGUGCUCACACAGUCAGUCAAGAACAAUACCCAAGUGCUCAUCAACUGCCGCAACAAUAAGAAACUCCUGGGCCGCGUGAAGGCCUUCGAUAGGCACUGCAACAUGGUGCUGGAGAACGUGAAGGAGAUGUGGACUGAGGUACCCAAGAGCGGCAAGGGCAAGAAGAAGUCCAAGCCAGUCAACAAAGACCGCUACAUCUCCAAGAUGUUCCUGCGCGGGGACUCGGUCAUCGUGGUCCUGCGGAACCCGCUCAUCGCCGGCAAGUAGGGGCCGCCUGUCUGUUGACAGAACUCACUCCUCUGUCCUAUGAAGACCGCUGCGAUUGGUGUUGAGAAUAAUAAAGCUCUGUGUUUUUUUCUA